AUGUCUGCCACACCUGCCUCCCGUGCCAUCCUGCGGCAGUCAAGAUUGCUCCUGCGCCGGAACAAUUUUAGACAAGCUUCCACUACCUCAGAGGCCGCUUCGAAAGCACAAGAAUCCGGCAAACAAGUUGUCUCUAAGGCUUCAGAGGGUCUUACACGCGUUCAGAGCUCUGCCGGUGCCGCCAUCUCAAAAGUUGGCUCCUCCGCAUACAAGGCAUUGGGAAGAGUCGGUGGCAGGACUGGAAGACUGAUUCGGUUUGUUGAAUCAUUAAUACCUCCUACGAUCUACUACUCCCGGGUGGGUUUGGAGCUCACCAGAAUUGUCUUUAAGAAUCAACACAUGACACCACCCACUCUUGCGCAAUUCGAAUCCUAUCUUCAGCCCCUCAUCAACGUUUUCCGAAACCCUCGAUCGAUCUCGUCGGUUGCCAGCUCCUUAACCAGCUCCGUCAGCCCGGAAUCGGCCCUCAGUACCAUUCGCAACGUCAACUCCAGACAAUUGACCAACGCUGGUAUCAUCUUUGCUCAGGUUCUCGGUUUCUUUACCGUUGGAGAAAUGAUCGGAAGGAUGAAGAUUGUGGGAUACCGCGGUGAACCUCACGGUGACCAUUAG